CCCUUCGUCUCUCAGCUCACAGACCGGCGUCCUGACGUGGAUUUUGGUCGAAGGAGAGACACGAAGAGCUUCGAGUUAAUUUGUAACCACGCACAAAAAAAAAAAACAGCUUAGAGGAAAGAUUUGAAAACAGAAUCAUGGCAGGACUCAAGUACAUGUCUGGUUUUGGGAACGAGCUCUCUUCUGAAGACCCCAGAUGUCCUGGAUCCUUACCUGAAGGGCAGAACAAUCCUCAGGUCUGUCCUUACGGUCUCUACGCUGAGCAGCUCUCUGGCUCUGCCUUCACCUGCCCACGUCCAGCCAAUAAAAGGAGCUGGCUGUACCGAAUCCUCCCAUCUGUCAAACAUAAGCCUUUCACGCCUGUGCCCUGUGGAGAUCUGACAGAGAACUGGGAUGAAGUGGAGCCUGAUCCCAACCAGCUGCGAUGGCUGCCGUUCACCAUCACCAAGCCCACAGAGAAGAAGGUGGACUUUGUCGCUGGUCUUCAUACCAUCUGUGGUGCAGGAGAUGCCAAAUCUCGUAACGGCAUUGCGGUUCAUGUGUACACCUGCAACACCUCUAUGACCGACAGGUGCUUCAACAAUUCAGAUGGAGACUUCCUGAUUGUUCCUCAGCAGGGUGAGAUCUUGGUCACCACGGAGUUUGGCAAGAUUAUGGUGGAGCCGAACGAGAUCUGUGUCAUCCAACAAGGGAUGCGCUUCGGCGUGGACGUGUUUGGAGAAACGCGAGGCUACGUUCUCGAGGUGUACGGAGCCCAUUUCGAGCUGCCUGACCUGGGGCCUAUAGGAGCCAAUGGUCUGGCCAACCCCAGAGACUUCCUGUGUCCAGCUGCCUGGUACGAGGAUCGCAAAGUGCCCACUGGUUACACCGUCAUCAACAAGUACCAGGGGAAGCUGUUUGCUUGCCAACAGGAUUUCUCUCCGUUUAACGUGGUUGCCUGGCAUGGAAACUACACGCCGUACAAGUACAACCUGAGGAGCUUCAUGGUCAUCAACUGCGUGGCCUUCGACCAUGCGGAUCCGUCCAUUUUCACCGUGCUGACGGCCAAAUCCACGAGACCGGGUGUGGCCAUUGCCGACUUUGUCGUUUUCCCUCCGCGAUGGGGUGUGGCUGACCACACCUUCCGCCCCCCGUACUAUCACCGUAACUGCAUGAGUGAAUUCAUGGGCCUGAUCAAAGGUCAUUAUGAGGCCAAAGAGGAGGGUUUCCUGCCAGGAGGAGCCAGCCUGCACAGCAUCAUGACCCCCCACGGCCCGGACGUGGACUGCUUUGAAAAGAACAGCUCAGCCGAGCUCAAACCUGAGCGCGUGGCCGAAGGAACCAUGGCCUUCAUGUUCGAGUCGUCCUUCAGCAUGGCUGUCACCAAAUGGGGCCUGCAAACCUGCCAGAAGCUGGACAAGAGUUACUACCAGUGCUGGGAGCCUCUCCGCAGCCACUUCAACCCCGACUGGAAGCCCAGCAAGCAGUGAAAACCAGGAAACCCUGGAUCAAACCACCGAAACAUGUUCAAACUAAAUAAAAUGUGGCAUUGUUCCAACAAC